AGCCCCACUAUUAAAAGAUAUUAAUGAUAAGGACACUUCUGAGACAUUGGGCAGAACUGAUUCUAUAUGUUUACUGCCACAUUAAUGUGCUCAGCUGCAAAAAGGUUUACAAGGAAUUGAGGAAAUACGAGAAGCAACACUUAACACAAAUCAAAUGGCCACUCUUGUUCCUACGAAUCCCUCAGACCUAUCUGGCCCUGCUCAGUCUUCCCUCGUGACCUCCUCACCUUACACCCCAUCCCUGUCCCUGUCCCAUCAGAUCAGCAUUGCUAUCCUGGUCAUCGCCUUCGUGUUUGGUUUCCCUGGGAAUCUGUUCGUGGUGUGGUCGGUUCUGUUUCGAAUGCGUCGCCGCUCCAUCACGUGUCUGCUGAUCCUGAAUCUGGCCGUGGCGGAUGCGCUGGUUCUCCUGAGCGCUCCACUGUUCCUCCGGUACCUGACAGGAAGGAAAGGCUGGGAGUUUGGAGCCGCCCUGUGUAAGACGGUCCAUUACCUGUGCUGCGUUAACAUGUACGCCUCCAUCUACCUGAUCUGCCUGAUGAGCAUGGACCGAUGGCUGGCCGUCACAAAGCCGUUUCUGUCUCAGAGGUUGAAGACUAAGAAAAGGCUCCUGUCCGUCAUGGUGGCGAUCUGGGUGAUGGCUUUUCUGAUGGCUAUUCCCAUGCUGUUCUAUCGUUCUGUGUUGCCAGUCUCUAUGAAUGUGUCCAUCUACCUGUGUAAGCCGUACCACUGGGAGAGCAGUGCUCAUGAAACCUUUCAGUACCUGAUUGAGACUGUCCUGGGUUUCCUGCUGCCCUUCAGCUUUAUCCUGUUCUGCUACCUCUCAGCGAUCCGUCGGCUGCGCAGCGCCAUGUUCCACCGCAAAGGAAGAGGAAACGCGCUCAUCCUCCUCAUCAUCGCUGCCUUUACCGUCUUCUGGCUGCCGUAUCACCUCAUCAACAUCCUGCAGGUGAUUGGUCUGAUGCAGGGCUCCUCCUCUUCUGUUUUAGCAGUGGCAGUAGCGACUCGUCCCACCGUGACGGCGUUCACCUUCAUUAGCAGCAGCGUGAACCCCGUCCUGUACGUGUUUGCCGGCAGCUCUCACAUCCGUCAGGCUGGUCUGGGCUUCAUGGCCAAGCUCUUUGAGGGAACCAACUCGGAGUUGGCCUCCACCCGCAGCAGUCGCAGCUCUAAUACAGAGAGCUCUGUUUUCACCAAGCUGUCCAUCAAACUGAGUCGCAAAGGGGACAGAGUGAGAGCCGAGACCCCUGGUGUUGAAGUCGAGACCAUAGCAGUCAUGCACAACAGAGAUGAGAUGAAGACUCUCACCAACCUGCAUUAAAGUGCUUAUAUCAUAUCUCAAAUGAAAUAAUAAUAUCAUCUCCUGCUGCUGCUGUUUCACAAUAAAAUUCUCUUUAAAUAAUGGACUGUGAUUAACUGGAAUACGGGCAUUACAUUUUAUUUUAUUUUAUUUAUUUAUUUUUACAGUUUUUAGAAGUUUCUUUGUGAAAAUUCUAGUUUUGUUUCAUUUCAUAUUCCUGCCAUUUACUGUAUGUUUUUUUUUUUUUUUAGAGAACACAAACAUGUUUGCAUGUGAACACAUCCUCAUUCAUUUGCUUACAUCCAUUACACAUUAAGACCUAGAGACUGAACUAUAUUUACAUCUCUGAUGUGAAACAGAAGCAAACACCGGGAGUCUUAUUUUUCUAUAUGUAUUUUUUAAAAUUAUUUUUUUUGCAUG